GGUCCUCUAUCACGGAAAAAUGGCUUUCAUACGAAGAAAAUGUAUUCAAAAUGAGUUUUGAUCGUUUACCUUCAUCAUCACUCAAGAUGUGCUUCGCAUAUUGUUCAAUUUUUCCUAAAGGUUGCAAAAUUGUGAAGAAGGAACUCAUUGAGCUAUGGAUGGCAGAAGAGUUUCUUCAACCGAAUGGACAUGACAUAGAGUCCGUGGGCGAAAUGUUUUCUAAUAUACUUGUACACAACUCUUUACUUCAAGUUGUAGAGAGAGGUGCCUAUGGAAAUGCUUUGACCUAUGUGAUGCAUGAUCUUGUGCAUGAUCUUGCAAGUGCUGUUUUAUGUUCGACAGAUGACACCAAUCAAUUCCGAUACUUGUUUCAGGGAGAUGAGUUAAUUCCCAUCCCAGAAGGACCAACAAUAUAUUUGAUGCGUACGUUAAUCUUUAGAGGCGAAAAGCUUGAUACCACCAUGUUCUCGGGUUACAAAUCUUUGUAUGCUCUUACUCUUGACUGUGACCGUGUCAAAGUGUUGCCGAGUUCCGUUCGUACGUUGAAAUAUUUGAAAAAUCUUAAUGUUUCAAGAACACGAAUUGAAUCUUUGCCACGCUGGAUUGAUGAACUCCAUUACUUGCAAACCUUAAAUGCAUCUACAGAAUCUUUGAGAGAACUGCCAAGUACGUUGAAAUACUUGACUCGUUUAAGGCAUCUUUAUCUGUGCCAUGAUGUAGAGUUGCCUGCCGAGAUGGGGGGGUUAACUAAUCUGCAAGCACUCAAGUUUAGAGUAGGCGAGCACAAAGGAUACCGAAUUGAAGAGUUGGGGAGUCUGAACAAUCUCAAACAACUAUCCAUCUAUAACUUGGAAAAGGUGCGUGACAGAGAAGAGGCUGAGGAAGCAAAUAUCUCUAAGAAGAAAAACUUAACCGAGUUAAGGUUUGAGUGGGAUACAAAUAUAGAUGGUGAAAGAGAACAUGAUGAGGCUGUGUUGGAAGGCCUCGAACCUCACCCAGGCCUGAAGAUGUUGAAGAUUGCAGGAUUUAAAGGAAAAAAUUUUCCAUCAUGGGCUAAGGAAAUGAGUGGGUUUGACAAGCUGAUUGAGAUAGCACUUAGUGACUGCCAAGUAUGUGAACAAAUCCCAGAGCUAGGGCGGUUGCCGAAUCUCAAAACUCUUAGUUUGUGGAGAUUGAGCAAAGUGAAGUCCAUAAAUUUUUCAUUCGAAAGGGGUAUGGAAGGUGUCAUUUUUCCAACACUUGAAACCCUCUUAUUGACAGGUAUGCCUGAUCUGGAAGUGAUACAAGAUUUUGGCGAUAAAGUGAAGGUAUUUCCAAGGCUUGUAUCCUUGAAAAUCUUCUGUUGCAACAAAUUGGAAUGUCUCCCAAGUUUGUUAUUCCAAAAGGCUCAUGGUCUCAAGGUAGUGGAUAUAAGGCAUUGCUCUAAGUUGAGUGGAUUACCAGAUAAUCUACACACUCUCGAUUCUCUAGAGUCAAUGACUAUAAAAGGUUGUCAAAGUCUAAGGUCGAUAGUGAAACCAGAGAGCGGAGGAACGUUCAAAUUCCUUCACAGUUUGGAGAUUCGUGAUUGCCAACAGCUGAAGGAAAUGGUAGAGCCACAUGCGCCUUUGCUCAAGAAAGUGUCUAUGGUGGAACUAAAAACCCUACAGAAUCUACCCAAGUUUCUUGAUUCCUUGGAACACUCGCAUUCGCUGGCACAACUGACCAUUGUAGGUGUACCUCAAUUCACAUCCAACAUUAAUGUUUGGGAUUUCCAAAAAUUGAGAAAAUUAGAGAUCGAUGUUACUAUGGAGUCGUCAAGCGAGACUAGUGAUGCCAUUAAGAAGACAGUUGAUAUCAUGCUGCAAAACUGUUGCUCAACACUUGGUGAGCUAAAGUUGACAGGGCUCGAAAUUUGGGAUGAGGUGCCUGAAUCAAUUAGGCGGCUCACUGCUCUUUAUAGUUUAGAAUUGGAGAACUUUGGAGUUGAUAGGUUGCCUGAAUGGUUUGAGGCUCUCUUACACCUAAACAAGUUAUGUCUAUCUAAUUUUCCAGAGUUGACGCAUCUGCCCCCUAUGAAGAGAUUCACCCAAUUGCAGGAGUUCCACAUUUGCAAUUGUCCGAAAAUAAAGAUUGAAUAUGAGGGCCACAAAAUUUCCCAUCGUUGUGCCAUCUACGUUAACAGUCACCUGCUUUAGAUCUCCUCUUCAACUGCUGAUCAAGUUACAAAUCUCACUAAUUGUGUUCAGUCAUAUAAUGACAACAAAAUCACUGUGUGUAAGAAGACCAGAUAUGUGAAAUGAAGCAUGACAUUGACAACAAAAGCUUCUGUUUUGACAAUGAUUGAAAUGUUUCUAAGCUCAAAGUGCAUAUUCAGGCGAUGUCCGAAUCACAACAGUGAGAGAGAGAUUUCGAAGGGAGAGUAUUAAACAUGAGCUGAUGUGGCUUGUUACGCACUAAAUUUUAUGAAAUGAAGAUCUGAAACAGUAAAUAUUACAUCCUUUUCUGUGGAUAUGCAUGAGUAUGAAUAUUUAGAGAUUAAUGUUGCACUUAAUUGGGGAAACAAAAUUUCAUCAACAACUUUUGGACCAUCAUUUCACUUGUGAUUGUUUCAUUUUUGCUAACAGGGCGUCGAAUUGUUCCUGACCUCCGAUGAUUUUGACAACCUCUGGCCCUCUUCUCAUCUUCCCCUUCCUCUACGCAUCUGAGAUUUCCAUGGCUAUCUGACGGAAGAGGAUCUCGAGCAAAUCCUUGAAAUACCAAAAUUGGAGGGCGACACAAGGAAAUAGCCGAGAGAGAAUGAUUUAAUUAUGUAUGAAAUAUUAGAAGUUUUAAUUAAUCUCAUAUUAUUAUACUGUAUUAAUUAGUUCAAAAUGACUUAAGUAGUGUUCACCGUUA